UUCGCUCCUCAUCGCUCAAGUAACAAUUAUCGACCAGCCCUCCUUUUCCUCUGAUUUCAUUAAAGAGCCCCCCAAAAGCUGUCGGUCGCUGAAACGACACCGCAGCAGAAAAAUCAACCACAGAAGAAAAUGUCCUGAUGAUGAAUUGCUCCUCGAAGUAUAGCCCGCUGGAAAAUUUACGACUGGUCCUCGCCGUCUCCUCCCUUUUCCUCUUCGCCCGCUCCGCCGCCCUCGUCAACCUCCGCGGAAAAUCCUUCUCCUUCACCUUCCUCGACGCCCCCGCUCGCUUUGCCCUAAAAGCUGGAUCGGGUAUUUGCGGGUCCCUUCAGCUUGCGGAUCCGAUUGAAGCUUGCUCUCCCCUUCGAAACGAUAACGAAACUGGUGGAGGGAGCUCGAGGUUUGUUUUGAUCGCGAGGGGAGAUUGCAGCUUCGAGAAGAAGGUGAGGAUUGCUCAGGAUAUAGGGUUUGAGGCCGCCAUUAUCUAUGAUGAUCAAGAAAAGAGCAGCCUUUACUCUAUGAUCGGCGACUCAACUGGCAUCCACAUGCAUGCAGUAUUCGUUUCAAAGAUGGCCGGGGAAACCCUGAAGAAGUUUGCUCGCGGAGAAGAAGGGGAAUGUUGUAUAGGUUCAUCAAUGGAUGAGACUGCUGGAACUGUGUUGGUAAUUUCUUUUGUCUCUCUUGUGGUCAUAAUAUCAGUUCUAGCAGCAUUUCUCUUUGCUCGGAACUGUCGGCUUCUCCGGCAUGCAGCAAGACACAGCCGUCCUACUACGAUGAAUAGGCAGUCUGUGGAACUUCUUCCUUGCUUCACAUUUAAGAGUGCCUAUGUAAAUAGCAAGAGAACUGCAGACACUUGCGCCAUCUGCCUUGAAGAUUAUAAAGAUGGAGAGAGACUGAGAGUUCUUCCAUGUCUACAUGAGUUUCAUUCAAUCUGUGUCGACUCCUGGUUGACAAAGUGGGGCACUUUUUGCCCAGUUUGCAAGCAUGAGAUGAACUCAGGAGAGUAAUUUAUGAAAAAUUGUAGAUGCAACACGUUUCUUCAAUAAGAUGGGGGCUAACACAAGCAAACUUGGAGCCCGAUUUGAUCAUGUUGUCUUCUUUGUGUUUGUUUUAGCUGUCAUGCCCUAUGAUCUCUGUAGAGAAGUUGAAAAUAGCAGCAGCUGCUUCAUUAUUCCGACGUGUUCAGUCAUAAUUUAUGGAUGAAGGCUCUUUCCCCCCCUUGUGGUCUGCCCUUUGCUCUCGCAUGAUGCUUUGAUAUACAAUUUUUGAGUUGGAGACCGUGGCUGAGUUUGUUGUUUACAUAUGUAACAUGAAUGUGGGGAUAUUUGUGUAAUGUGGUCAGUGUUUCUUGCUCUCAGCCGUAUAUGUAUGUAUUUUAGUUGUAGGGAGAAACUUGAUGAAUGGACGAAUGCAAGGAUUCACAAUAGAGCUGUAGGAUCUUCUUUGUUUGUCUCUGGAUGGCUUUUUUCUUGCUGUAGUCCUACUGACUUCUUUUUGGCAAA